AUGAAGAAAAACGAUAAGGUAAAAGAAAUCCUGAAGAGGCCAGCCAAAUUGCAAGUAACCCAAGAGGAGCUAAACAAAGUGGAACACUCACAAGGGAAUGACCAGUACAACACCUGGUUCGGAAGGUACGUGCUGGAUAAGUUCGACAAAGGUAGCAGUGGUAGCAGUAGCAGUGGUGCACAACAACGCUUUGUGGCAAGGUUCAAAUGUAAACCAGACACAGACUCAGGAUACACAAAGGCAGAUAAAAAUUUGACAAGCAAACAACUUUUUUGCAUCUACUUUGCAAGAGGUUGUUGUGCUUACGGACAUAACUGCCUCUACAGACACCGAAUUCCAAACGAAAAUGAUGAGUUACAGUUUGAACAAACCAUCGAUAUUUUUGGACGAGAAAAAUUCAGCACCUUUAAGGAAGACAUGAGUGGGGUGGGUAAUUUUAACAGUGAGUGCAGAACUCUCUUUAUUGGAGGUAUUCACAUUGAUACCUUCGAGCAAGUUCACUUAAUCGAACAGAUUCUAUAUGAUGAAUUUAGCAACUUUGGACCCAUUGACUAUGUAAGGUAUGUGCCUUUUAAAAAUAUUGCAUUCGUUCAAUAUUCCUACAGAGUGAAUGCUGAGUUUGCCAAG